AGUUCGUACGUAAGCGCCCGGUGAGGCGUGCGCAUGUGCAUGCGCAAUUGGACUGAGCUGGUCGUUGGAAUGUGUCGCGCAAAGCGCAUAGUAACAGUGGUUCGAAUGUUGACAGUGGUUAGCAUGGAGCGGGAGCAGCAGGAGGAGGACGAUUAUAACUUCGCGCUGGCGCUGCAGGUCCAGGAGAUGUGGGAGGAGGACGGCGAGGCGUCAGCGGCGGCGUGUAUAGAGGCCCCGCCGGACCCCGCUUCCCUCAGCCCGCUGUCGGUGGUGGAUGAAGCCUGGGAGCUGCUGGACCCCAACCCCGACGUGCGCGCCCUCUUCGUGCAGUUCAACGAGGCGUUCUUCUGGGGACAGCUGGCGGCCGUGGAGGUGUCCUGGAGCCCGCGCAUGACUCUCUGCGCCGGGGUGUGUAAAUAUGAAGGAAACGGUGGGAUGUGUUCUAUUCGUCUGAGUGAGCCGCUUCUGAAGUUAAGGCCGAGGAAGGAUCUGGUUGAGACACUGUUGCAUGAAAUGAUCCAUGCCCUGCUUUUUGUUACUAACAAUGACAGAGAUCGUGACUCUCAUGGGCCAGAGUUCCGCAAACACAUGCGUCGCAUUAAUCGUUUGACUGGAGCCAACAUCACAAUCUAUCAUAAUUUUCAUGAUGAGGUGGAUUCGUACCGCCAGCACUGGUGGCGAUGCAAUGGCCCCUGUCAGUAUAUAGAACCUUACUUUGGGUAUGUGAAACGUUCAAUAAAUAGAGCACCCUCUGCACGAGACUUGUGGUGGGCUGAGCAUCAAGAGAGUUGUGGAGGUACAUUCACAAAAGUGAAAGAACCUGAGAACUUCUCUAAAAAGCGCAAGCAGAGAACCGACACAGAAAAACUUCAGAAUUCCAAGUCAAGUAAGAAAGUCUGUGUGUGUGUGGAUGAUAAGGAAGAUAAGAUAGAUCCAAAGCCUUUUAGUGGGAAUGGGUAUCGACUUGGAGGAGCAGACAGUGGACUCUCAGAAAAAAGCUUAACAUUCAGCAGCAAUGUUACAGAUAGUGAAAGAUCUGAUUCACAGCAUCGUUCAGCAACAAGCACAAUACCAAUUCCUAAAAAUGAGAUAAAAUUUGAAGAAUCACCCUGUCAUAAUACCUACUUUCCUCUCUUUACUGGUGAUGCAAGUGAGGAAAUGAACUUAGCUUCAAAGGAGGAGUUCCCUGAGCUCUCUGUUGCUAAUACCAAAGCAUACAAGAAUGUUAAUGGAUCACCUGUUAAAGUUGCUGAUGUUGUGGAAGAAAACUCAAAACAAGGUUCUGCAAAAGGCAAGAGGGCUUUGUCACCGUGCUAUCACAGGUCACCAAAACAAGUUUGUCUUCAGCAGACUGCAGCAGAUGAGACUCCAUCCGACGAGAAGAAAAGUUUGGAAAGUACAGUGCAGCAGUGGCCAAGAAAGGAGGACCAAAUUACCUUUGAAAGCUAUUUCAUAAAAAAGACGACUGAUGUGGCUUUAAGCAGAAAUACACCUCUGAAAACUGAAGCUGAAUCUGCAGUGUGCUCUCCAAGAUCCAGCACUGCUGAAAGGCAGGAAAAAAAUGUCACUUGUCCUGUAUGCCAGACUCAGGUUUUGGAGUCUAAGAUAAAUGAGCACCUCGAUUCUUGUCUUACUCGCUCAGAGGAAUCCUUCAUCUGGAGCACUGUCAUGAAGAGAAAAGAAAAAUAAAACUGCAGACUUUUAAGGCAGCUCUUAAAAUGGAGACGUUCUAAAUCCUGCUAAUUUAUCUUUGUUCCUUGGACUGUAAUGUAUUGGUAUUAAUGUAUUUUUGGCUGUUUUAAAGUUAACUACCCAUAAGAGAAAAGAAUUACUCUCCUUGUUGCACUGAAGUUAAACAGCAGGUAUCUUUAGAAUAGCAAGUAUUUUGUUUAAGCCAUCAUUACACACUCAGGUAGUAGUUAUUUCCUGUAGAUAAGAUAAUCUCAAGGGCUUUCAUUGAAGGUGGGAGAAGCAUAGGCACCACAAACGUAGCUACGUAGCUAACAAUCCAUUUUAAGCUUGGGAUUGUGGAACAGGAAAAGGGAAACUCUAGAAGUUCAGUAAAGAUGCUAAGAAAUCAAAGCAUGUUUGGAAGAUGAGAGGGCUCUAAGCUCAAUUUAAAAAGAAUUAAAGUGAGCUUUGCUUUCAAAAGGAUUUGAAAGUUAGCCAUGCUGUUAAAAGGGUGAGCAAAUGCAGGCUAACGAUUCUCAAUAUUCUGUGUGCCUUUUGGCCAGGGGUCCCAGCUAGGCCUUCUAGCUACUUUUCUUUGAUGUUUUGCACAAACUCAGUGAGAGUUCACUAUUUUUGAUGAUGCAGUUAUUAAGUAUGUGAGUAACUGCCCUGCAUUAUAUUGAUAAGUAAAAGUUAUGAGCAGUGGUAGCAGUGCUGCUAAAAACUGUUUUUGGCCAUGUUUUAAAAGCUUCCUCCUACUCCACUGAAAGUAUUUAACUGAUUAAACAAUUUUUAGCUUGAUUACUUAGGUAUAAAACUGGUUAUAAAUAUUUUUGCUAAAAGAAGAAAUAUAUUUUCUCAUAUGGCAUUACUACAACAACUUUAAAUGGCUAUCUUAGUUGUAGAUGCACAUAUUUUUGCCUUUAUUUAUAGUUCUUUUCUAAGACUAGGAAAUAAGCUGAUAGGGAAUAGAGAUUAGUAAAUGACAUGUUUGCUCCUUUAAAAUACUGUUGUAUUUUAAAAUGUUGACACUGAGGACGUUUAAAGUGGAUCUGAUUGUUCUUAUAUGUUCUAAAUAAACUGGUUCUGAAUUCUA